GCCUACUUUUUUCCUUGAUCGCAACUCGGAAAAUACCGCUACCCUGUCGCUGUCAACGGUGAGGGGCCAUCCGUUGACGAUGUACACGUACCUUGAUCUACUCGGUACCGAGUACUGUGUCUCAAAGCCAAUGCAGCGUGAUUGGUGAAGAAAUCCGGGACUGUCGCAAAAAUCGGAACCGCGUCGGAAACGGCACGGACCCUAGAGAUUCUGCGAAGACCGAGUGCCAGUGGGGUUCCUAACGGCGUAACUCAGUUUCUCAGAGUCGGGAGGGGUUGCGUCAGCUACGGGACCGAACUCUGCUUAUCCAUCAUUGGCGCGCUGGCUUCAUUUUCCCUAUGUCCGUGAUUGACGGAGGGGUUCAAUGCACACACAGGCUUACUAAACACGAUAAUGUUGCCCAUCUCUGGAUAUGUCUCGAUAUUCGUCGAGAAGGGUGUAGUUGCAACCAUGGCCGUGGAAUCCAAGCUGAAAAGUGAGACUAUAUAAGUACUAUCUAUAAUCUCGCUUGCCGAUAGAAAGCUGUCUUCCACUCUCAGCCUCACUCUUCCCCCGCAUUCAUCAUCUUACCUCUAGGGUCUCUUAUCCGAAGCCGGCUAUCAUUCUACCUAGGUCCUCAGAGCCUCGGGAAUAUAUUAGUAGAAAUAAUGUCUUUUACCUCGUGUUGUCUUAAGACCUUCACGUGGGGUGGCACACCCACCGGUAAGGAGGUCAAGCUAGCCAACAACGACGCCUAUGUCACGGGCGACAACAAGGACGCUGCCGUCCUCAUUAUCCACGACAUUUUUGGCUGGAAGUACCCCAACGUGCGCCUGCUCGCCGACCACUAUGCGCGCGAGGCCAACGUCACCGUCUAUGUGCCUGACUUCUUCGACGGCUGGGUCGUCGACUGGUCCCUCGUCGAGACUAACCAGUUCGAUAAGAUAGAUUUGGCUGCCCUGGCUGCUGAGAACUCUCGCGAGAUCCGAGGCCCCGAGAUGGUAGCAUGUGCAAAGGCCCUGAAGAGCGAACACGGCUUCAAGCGUCUAGCUUCCAUCGGCUUCUGCUACGGCGGCUGGGGCGUCUGCUAUCUCGCCUCGAAGGAGCGCGGCGAGAAGCUCGUGGACACUGUCACCAUGGCCCACCCCUCAUGGCUCGUCGAAGAAGACAUCGCCAAUCUCACCGUGCCUGUUCAGAUCUUGGCCCCUGAGUUCGACCAGGCUUUCACCCCAGAGUUGAAGUCGUACACGUUCAAGACGCUGCUGGAGCUGAACCUGCCGUUCAACUACGUGCACUACCCUGGCAUUGUCCACGGCGCCCUUGUCCGGGGAAGUGACGAGGUGCCCAAGGAAAGAGAAGCCAUGGCGGCGGCGAAGAACUCUGCUGUUACUUGGUUCAAGCAACAAUUGCAUUAGGCUAGCUGGCUGUUUUCGGCUGCCUUGGGGAUUAACUGUUAGAGUCUUGUGAUUUUAAGACGGCAAUUGGGAUCGGAUAUACCUAGAGUAAAAUAGUCAAGGGCUCCUUCUGGUCGAGCCCAUGGUAUUUAUAAAAUAAGACACAAAUAUCGUUAAAUAUCGCUACAAGCCUUGUAACCGAUAAUUAGAUCGCGGCCGCAGUCAAUCAAAACUGUACAGCUAUGCCCUGAAGUGUGCGAUUGAUAUCACCAUAGGUUACGGAAGAUGUGAGAAUGAGUGCUUGUCC